CUUUCAACCUGGCUUUCAUUGGUAAUAACAAUUUAUUCAUUGAAGAACAAAGCAAGACCUCGAAUAACAGGGCCCAACGAUGGACUUCGGGAAAUCAUGAUUAUAAUCCGACAAACUUAAUA